GUGUGCACGCUCGUCUAAUCAUAGGCUAUAGUGGCUGUACAUGGAACUGUUCAUUUAUGUAUACAUCUGAAAUGCCUCCUGAAGCCCCAAGGAAAAUUACCAAAGUUAAUAGUUUCUAUUGGUAUCGUUGUUGUAGUAGCAUGCAAUGUAAUGGCGGAGGACCUACUAAUCUUGAAAAGGACAUGUUACCCGAUUAUACAUUGGAGGAGGAGGUUGAGGAAGGAACCGUGCGUCUGGGAACAUCGCCAUUGUUCCUGAUCUUUGCCUCUAUCAUAGUCAGCCAUGCACUGCUAUGA